UUGUAAAUUCUUUGUUUAUUUAUAACUUUAUAUAAUAAAUGUAUAUUUUUUGGAGUAUUGGGCAUCAUAACAUCUGUGCUAGUUCCUUUGCAAGAAGCAGGCUAAUCAUAUUUAGAAAUAGCACAACGGUACUAUUAAAGCUGGAAAGGAACAUAGAAUUCAAUUAAUACUAUAACUUCAUUUUACAAACAAGGAAACUGGGGCUCAGAUAGGUCAAGAAAUUUUCCCACAAUGGCCCAGCAUAUUUGUGAUAGAACUAGGACUAGAACGCAUUUAUUUUAUUUUUAGUUCAAAGCUCUCUCAGACUCAUUCCAUUUUCUAGUGGGGAUUAGAACUGUUCAAUAAAAUCAGUGAUUUUUUUGUAAUCCUCUUCUCCUUCCUUGUCUCUCCUCUGGGAAGAAAAUAAAAAGGUGUUCUCGCUCCUGUGGAAGUGUUCAGAGGGUGUUAAGAACUGCAAAUUGCAGCCAUAUAGAUCAUGUCUCCCUCUGUGGCAUUGAUCCUUAUUUUUAUGGAGCAUUCAACUAAAGACGUGUAUGUUUCUGUCCCCCCCCCCCUUUUAUUACAUGUCUAUUUUUAAAACAUUUUACUCAUGCUUUGAAAUGAUUUAUUUUAUUACAUACCCAACCUCUGACCUGAAAUCUCAUCACAUUAUUGAUUGAGUAGGAGUUUUAUUAGUGGUUCAGAUAGAGGAAUGUCUCCAAAAUAAGUUAUAUUAAAAUAUGAGGAUUUGCCUUAUCUGUAACCAGAACAAGAGUUCCUGCAGUGUGAGUCUAAGUCUUCCAAAUAAAACACUUUUUAAUGUCAUUUAUUUUCAGCUGUUCACAACUUCUCUCUUCUACCUACUUUUCUUUCUUUUUAUUUUUAUAAAUUCAAAUUUGAUCAUACAAUAUAAAAACCUUAGGUUCCCAAGGAGAUUUGGAGACUUUUUAAAAAAGAGUUUGUGUAUGUGCGUGUGUUUCCCUGUUUUUUUUUGCAGUGUCCCCCCCUUAGUUGGAAAGCCACACUUGGGUACAGACAUCUGGGUACAAUGUCGCUGAUAGAAUUGAGCAAUUUUUGUUUUUCUAACUUAGUAGUUCUGGCCAGCUUUGCAUGCGCUUCUAUCAGUUGAAAUAGCAUCUUCAACUUUAGCCAAGUGUAGGUUAUUAGGUUAUGAGUGCCAAAAAUGAUGAGUUGUUUCCACACUUCAUCCAGUGAGAAUAAAAGCAAGAUUGUAAAAUAAUUAUAAUCUCUUGAAGCAGAGCCAGCCACGCAGCCUGAAGCCCAUCUUUCUUCAUUAAUUUGUAUACAGUUCUUAUUUUAACAGAACAAACUUUCAGAGGGUACUCACAUGGGACUACUGAACCAGCUGUACAACUUUUAUUUUGAAGAAAAAAGUUGAGCCUCAGAACAGGCUGUUUUAAAGACAGGGAGGGACUUAGCUUUUCCGAGCUUGACCAGCAUGUGGAAGGAGAGCUCUCAUGGCUGUAAUAACUUAGGAAGCUCCUACCUGGGUGACACUGGGGGAGGAAGUUUUCUGUUUGUUUUGUUUUGUUUCUGAGGGUCUCGUGCACUUCGCUUUCCUGUGUCAACGUGACUCUUGGUGGUUUUUGCACACCCUGCUCUGUGGGGGAGUGCCCCAACGUGCCUGUCUUAUGUGGCCUCUAUGGACACACUGCUCAGCUGGCAGAGAGCAGGGAAGUUUUCUCCCAGCACCCAAAAAGAGAAAGAGGAAACUACUUUUUCCUUCUGGACUUCUUGCAGCACAAUAGAUCAGAAUAAGCUUCCACGUUCUCUCCCUGGAUUUCUGGAGUGGUUUCCAGGAAGAAGUUAAACCUUCACCUUAAAUGGAUGACCAUGUCACAAUCAGGAAGAAACAUCUCCAAAGACCCAUCUUUAGACUAAGAUGCCUAGUGAAGCAGCUGGAAAAAGGUGAUGUUAACAUCGUAGACUUAAAGAAGAAUAUUGAAUAUGCAGCAUCUGUGUUGGAAGCAGUUUAUAUCGAUGAAACAAGAAGACUGCUGGACACCGAAGAUGAGCUCAGUGACAUUCAGACGGAUUCAGUCCCGUCGGAAGUCCGGGAUUGGUUGGCAUCUACCUUUACACGGAAAAUGGGGAUGAAGAAAAAGAAAUCUGAGGAAAAACCUAAAUUUCGGAGCAUUGUGCAUGCUGUUCAAGCUGGAAUUUUUGUGGAAAGGAUGUACAGAAAGUCCUAUCAUGUGGUUGGUUUGGCAUAUCCAGAAGCUGUCAUCGUAACAUUAAAGGAUGUUGAUAAAUGGUCUUUUGAUGUAUUUGCCUUAAAUGAAGCAAGUGGAGAACAUAGUCUGAAGUUUAUAAUUUAUGAACUGUUUACCAGAUACGAUCUUAUCAACCGUUUCAAGAUUCCUGUCUCUUGCCUAAUUGCCUUUGCCGAAGCUUUAGAAGUUGGUUACAGCAAGUACAAAAACCCUUAUCACAACUUGAUUCACGCAGCUGACGUCACUCAAACUGUGCAUUAUAUAAUGCUUCAUACAGGUAUCAUGCACUGGCUCACUGAACUGGAAAUUUUAGCAAUGGUCUUUGCCGCUGCCAUUCAUGAUUACGAGCAUACAGGAACCACAAACAACUUUCAUAUUCAGACAAGGUCAGAUGUUGCCAUUUUGUAUAACGAUCGCUCUGUCCUUGAGAAUCACCAUGUGAGUGCAGCUUAUCGACUUAUGCAAGAAGAAGAAAUGAAUGUCUUGAUAAAUUUAUCCAAAGAUGACUGGAGGGAUCUUCGGAACCUAGUGAUUGAAAUGGUUUUGUCAACAGACAUGUCGGGGCACUUCCAGCAAAUUAAAAAUAUAAGAAACAGUUUGCAGCAGCCUGAAGGGAUUGACAGAGCCAAAACCAUGUCCCUGAUUCUCCAUGCAGCAGACAUCAGCCACCCAGCCAAGUCCUGGCAGCUGCACUACCGGUGGACCAUGGCCCUGAUGGAGGAGUUUUUCCUACAGGGAGAUAAAGAAGCUGAAUUAGGGCUUCCAUUUUCCCCACUUUGUGAUCGGAAGUCAACGAUGGUGGCCCAGUCACAAAUAGGUUUCAUUGAUUUCAUUGUAGAGCCAACGUUUUCUCUUCUGACAGACUCAACAGAGAAAAUUAUUAUUCCUCUUAUAGAGGAAGACUCAAAAACUGAAAAUCCUUCCUAUGGAGCAAGCAGACGAUCAAAUAUAAAAGGCACCAUGAACGAUGGAACCUACUCCCCAGACUACUCCCUGGCAUGCGUGGACCUGAAGAGCUUCAAAAACAACCUGGUGGACAUCAUCCAGCAGAACAAAGAGAGGUGGAAAGAGUUAGCUGCACAAGGUGAGUCUGACCUUCAUAAAAACUCAGAAGAUCUAGCAAAUGCCGAAGAAAAACAUGCUGAUAUACAUUCAUAAGUUUGAAACACCCUAAAGGCUUCUGUCAUUUUCAACAUGAGAGGAUACUGAGAACAGCACUAAAACAUCCUAAAUCUUCAACUUUCCACAAAGCUAUAUUCUCCUCUUUCAAUGCACUCUUGGAUCAGGCCAUUUUCUGGACUCCUAUGUAAGGAAUUAAUAAAAGGAAUGUAAAUUCUGAGCUGGUAACUCUGGCCAAAUAAAUAUACUCGAAGUUGCUAUCAGAGUUUUUGACCAGUGCUUCUGCCAUUGUUUUUCCUUCACAGUUUGGCCUUCUUCAAUCAAGCCAGAGAAAUUUUUAAGACGAAAGUUGGACAGUUUUACAUUUUCAUCACUUUGAACCCAGUUAGCGUGUAGGUGACUAUGUAAUACAUAUGUAAAAGAUGAGGCUUUUAAAAACAAUUUGCUUUCUUGCAUUGUUUUACACAGAGUGCUGUAGCUACAAAUUUUUCAAGGUCUUAAGUAAAAGAAAAGCAUAAACAAAAUCAUGGAAAAAAUAUUUUUUUACAGCUCUGAGGAACAGGCUAUUUAGAUUGUCCUUGUUAUAUUAAAUACAUGGGAAGAAAAUUAAAGGUGGGGCCAUUCGGAAGCUGUGGUUGAAGUCCUAUGACGACAAUGGAGCAUCCUAGCCUUGUGACCUGAUGAACGUUUCAUUGUAUCUCUCAAGCUGGGAAACCUCCGUGAAAGCUGUCCCUGAACCCAGUGGACCAGCCUGCAUCCAUCUCCAUGGUUUCAAAGCCGUAAGGCAUCACCCACACGGGCAUAGUCACAAUGCAAGUCACACGGUACCUACAAUCCUAGAGAAUAAGAACCUGCAGCCAUCGUUGGAGAUAGACACUGGAUCUGAGAAUGGAAUUGGCCUUCUGGGGCUGUUGGUCCCAUUAAGAUGUAACAAAAUAUAUUACACGCCAAGGGAUAAGUGACAAGAACUGUGUGUGUGUGCGUAUGUGUGUAUUCGAACCUAUCUAUGAAGAUGGAAGCCCACACUUUUCUGUACAGAAUACACUACUUGACAUGACUUUGCAACGCUGCCGCACAGAAACGACCUGCACCCUGUGGACGCUCUGCUUCCAUGUGUGUCCCUGAGCAUGUGCAAGGCUGUCCUUUGCUCCAAACUGAAGAACUACCUUUAUCCGUUAUUAGCUGACAAGAAAAGUCAAGUACAAUUAGGUGUUGUAACUUUUCACUGUAUAAACACUUCAGUGAUUGUGAGACUAAGUGAAUUUGGUUUUGUGAAAGGUAGAAAUUGGAUGGAAAAAAUCAAGAGGAGCCAUCAGUUAAAGAAUAAAGUGAAGGAGGCAUGUUCAUUCUAACGAGUUUUCUGUUGCACCUGCUUCUUUCCUGGGUUCCACACUGCUCAGCAAUAUUUUAGAAAUGGGUACAAUCAGCUUUUAAGUCUAAGUAGUGGGAUGUUAUAACUCACAACUUAGAUCUCUUUUAACGUGUAAGCCAUAUUCUAUAUGCAUAUUAGGUAUGCAUCACUAAUUUAAGAUAUAUUUAUGCAUAGACUGAGUAUCAAAUGCUUUUAAAUGUUCUGUGAAUAAGAUCCUUAGCUUUUGUUUCACCUAAAUCUUGUGUAGGACACAGCUAAAUAAUUGAAUUGUAUCAUAGACAUUAUAAUGCAAUUGAUAUUUUAAAUGUAAGCAUUAAAGAUUGCUCUAUAAUGAUGUAUUGGGGGAAAAUUUAUAGAUAUGUAUGUCAUGGUGACUUUUUGUCCCUUAAAAAUGGACUUUUUAUUUCUAUUUAUGGAGAAACUAUAACUACUGCUUUUAAUGUCUUUUUUAAGUAAGUAUUUACCAGCUAGAAAAUAUUCUGCAUUUAAAAUAGAAUCUGACUCUCUGGGAAGUCUAAUUACUGUUGCUCCUAUUUGAGCCGGGUGUCUACGUAAAGCUGUAGAAUCGCAUAAGGGAGAAGUAAUUGAAACACUACUUCUCAAUUAUCAUAGGAAAUAUCCACUUUGUUCCUAUUAAUACUUUAAGAUCUAUAGACUUUGUUAUUAAAAAAAUAGAGGACUAUAAGGAAUUCAUCAGUUUCUGUAUAUGGGCUUUAACCCAAUUUUCCAGGUUAUAUAACUUAUAAAGCACUGUGACUGAACUUCCAGAGGGCGUGGCAAUACUUGCUCCAUUUCUUCAGAAGAGUUGUGGUGCGGUUGACACAUUUUUCUUUUCCUAAUCUUCUUGCUCUCUCCCUUUUUCCUUCCUUCCCCUCCCCUCUCUACUUCUCUCCUUUUUAUCUUCCUUAUUCCUUCCUCCCUCUGUCUCUAAGAGAGCUACUAGUUAGAGCUGGUGAGCAGGAAGUCAGAGUGGAGGUUUCCAGUGCCCAACCCUUCUGCAAACAUCACUGUCGAGUCCAUCCUGAAGAGAGGGAUUGAUGAGUUAGGCUGCUGCCCCUUGAAUUUCUUGCUUUGCAUUUUUAUCCUCAGCUACCCCAACAUUUAUCUAACCAUUUCAUAUGCCUGUUCAUUUAACCAGUACCUCUUUUAUUUAAUUUUUAACAUGACAAGCUAUAAUUCUUGUGUUUUUAUUCUGCUGUAACUCUCUGUAUUUCCUAUUAUAUGUGAUUAUUAAAUAAAUCAUCCUUGAGGGAAAAGAUUGUGAAACA